AUGAGAGCUGUCCAAACCCAUGCCGACAGGCUAUCACAAACACCUACUGCACCGGAGCCCGAAACGCCAUUUUUGGAACGCCUCCACCUACCAAAUUCAAGAACCAAUGGAAUGCCCCGCCGGCGGAAGCUCGCCUCAAGGAGCAUAUAUCCAGAUGACAGAAGAUGGAGCUGCAGAGGGUGGGGUCACCGUAUACCGUAUUAUGUGAAGACCUCCGUCAGUUCCGGAAUUUGGAUAGCUGGCACCUCGAAAGGCUGA